AACAAGCUCAUCCAAAUAAAACAAAUAUGCGUGAUGCGACAUUUGACGAUUUCGAAGAUUUAAGAUUGAUAUUUGGAUCAAAUGUGGCCACUGGACGUAAUGCUGUGGGAUUAGGCGAUUCCAUUGAUGUCGAUGCUUCUCAAGUUGGAGACGAUGAUGAGACACAUGAUUUAAAUCGUGUCCAUAUAAUGGAUGAUACGCAGGGAAUCCCAUACGACGAAACAUCAAUGCUUGACGUUUUCUCAUCAUUAGAGAAAAGUAGGGCUGAAAAGCUUCCUCAGAGAAAGAAAGCUAGAACUAAUGCAUUUAGUGCGAACAUGGUUAUGGAUGAAGUGAAUACAGUCACAGAAUUCGGUAAUCAAAUUGUUGGCAUGAUACAAAAAAGAUGGGAAAAGGAAGCUGAAGAAAAAGAAGUUGAGAACAAAGCUAAUAAUGUGUGGGAUGCUAUCAAAGAAACACCUGAUUUGGACAUGGAUUUGCGUUACGAGACCAUGACACUGGUUCAUAGCUUAGGUAUGAAAUCCGGAUUCAUGCACAUGUCUACAAUAGAGCGUAAGUGAUGGAUUUUACAAAACCUUCGUAAAUCAAAAGAAUGAAGCUCGAUGCAUUAU